AUGAAGUUCUCCCAGUUGACAACUACAUCCCUCCUCACCCUCACUCUCACCCCUCUCUCCGCCCUAGCAGAUCCAACCACCGUCCUCCAGAAAUGCUACCCCCUCUACAGCGACGCCGGCGCAGAGGAAGCAUGGUUCAUUGCAAACCUGAAGUGUAACAGCGCUUGUCAAGAACAUGGGUUCAAUGGGGGUGGAUGUGAUAAAGAUGCCUAUGAGUGUGUUUGCUCCCAGACUGAGCUGAGUGUAUUGAAAUGGACUACUAAGAUUAACAUCAAUGUUUGA